GUAUGGCAGUGGUUGAAGUUGAAGAAGAAAAAUGUGUUUUUGUGUCAGGAACAGGGCACCCCUAGUCCCUGACCUUUUGCACUUGUCCUUGGUGUUGACGGGGAUCUUCGGCUUUGUGACCGGGUAUAGGUAUGAAUAAAUAGCUUCGCUUCCUGCUAUGAUCUUUUUUUAUUUAUCUUUCCCUCGGCCCAUGUUUUUCGUCUUAAGAGUUUUGUGGUGAGGAUAGAGGGCGGGGUAAGGUUGGUGUUGCACCUUUUGUCAGGCGGGUACUGUGUACAGUGAGUUUUGUCGACCAGAGAGAGGUCUGUAGUCAGUCGCCACCCGUCAGCCACACAAGUCUCUUCUCUCUUCUUUGCUGGAAGCUACACUCAGUGACACACAAGACCUUGGACUCCACAACCAUGGAUAUGCUCAGGCAAUCAGGGAGAAUACUGACUGUCAUAUCAUUUCUUCAACUGGCAGUUUUGAUUUCAUUCGCUUCAGGUGAGGUAGUUCCAGCUAUAAACUUAACUUGCCCGGAGUACUUCUCGGAAGAAGUGGUGGAGAAAGUGAAUUGCUCAGUGAAUACUACUCAGUUCUCCGAGUCGUCCUGUUUAGUUUACCCGACCACAGUGGAUUUCUAUUUUCAAAACAAUUCUUUUAUUCUCCUUUGCUCUACUCCUUAUAACGGCAAGUGCGACGAGGAACCAGUUGGCGAAAUGAACUGCAGUUGUGUAGAAUCUGAGGAUGGUGUAAACAUCUAUCAACUCAAUUUUCUGGGGAACAAGACUGUGUACGAAGGAGCAAGUCUGCUCUGUUAUGUUGAGUGCUACUCAUCUGUUCCAUUUCCAAGUCUCAGUAGUUGUACAUCUUUGAAAUACAAAGCAACAGAGACAACAGCGCCGUCCACAUCUAUUGAAACAAAAGGUACAUCUUCGACGUCGGACACGACAACGACAACAGUGAAGACAGUGACAACAGAAAUAUCUACUGUGACAACAUCAGUAACAAGAAAAACAACAAAUGCAUCUAGUCCAUCAAAGAACUCCCCAGCUGGUUCAUCUAAAACUAAUUCCUGA